CCUACACAAGAUAUAUGUUCCAAAUAUCUAUUAUUGUUUUACAUGCAGCGAAUAAUCCCAAGCACAGCAACCAGAACCCCUUCCCUCCUCCUCUUCCCUCGCUUUAGCUUCAGAACCGUAGCCAUGGCCCAAUCACCGGCAGCGGCACAAUCCCUGAAGCAACACCUCCAGGAGAAGAAGGUGAGGGACCUCAUCCUCGCCAAGAGAUCCCUCGUGGACGUCCCCCACACCGCCACCCUCUCCGAAGCCAUGACCACCCUCGUGUCCCACCACGUGCUCGCCGUCCCCGUGUCUGCGCCGCCCGAUCACUGGAUUGGGGCUGGCGGCUCAAUGAUCAUGGAGUCCGACGAGCAGACCGGUGCCGUGAGGAAGCAGUACAUAGGUGUAUUGACCAUGCUGGACAGUCUCGCCCAUAUAGCUGGGGAUGGUGGGGAAAGGUUGGAGCUUGACCAGAAGAUGGCUGACCCCGUCACGGCCGUUAUUGGGCACUGCCUCGAGGGUCUUAGUCUCUGGACGCUGAAUCCUAAUACCGGCAUCCUAGAUUGCUUGGAAGUGUUCAGCAAAGGCAUCCACCGCGCUUUAGUACCGCUGGACAGCCACGUCGACAGUACCUCUGGCGUGGAACUGGCCGAGUUGGCCCCAGGCUACCGAAUGCUCUCCCAGAUGGACGUGGUCAGAUUUUUGAAGGAGAAUGCCAAGGAGAUGUCGGGCAUAGUUUCCCGCUCUGCUAAGGACUUGGGAGCAAUCAGUCGAACCGUCUAUGCUAUUACUGACAGAACCAAGGUCGUUGAUGCAAUCAAGUGCAUGAGGGGCCAUCUGAUCAACGCUGUUCCGAUUGUGGCUUCCGAAGAUGAUGAUCCUGAGGAAAACCACAGCUGCCUUCUCGAUGUAACUGGUGAGGGCAGGAGGCUGGUCGGGACAUUCUCUGCUACGGAUUUGAGGGGAUGCCAUCUCGCAACGCUACAGUCAUGGCUGUUUGUGAGCGCACUGGACUUCACAGAGAAGACCUCGUCAAGCCCGCUAUAUGCAGGUACCAGUGAAGGAACUCGACCUAGAAGGCCCGUGACUUGCAAGAAUGAGUCAUCCCUCACCGAAGUGAUGGAAAAGGCCGUAGAUAAGCAUGUGCAUCGGGUUUGGGUUGUGGACGACCAAGGCCUGCUGACCGGCAUUGUUUCUCUCACUGACAUUAUACGAGUUCUAAGGGUUGCAAUCUUAUCGGCUUAAUUAAUAUAGGGCCCAUGUUUCGUGUUGUGGCCUUCUAGUGAAGCUUUCUUUCUGGUCUUUCUUGUAAUUUGGCUUGGGCAAAUGACCAUUGAAAAAUAAGUUGUACGGCGAUGGUUCGGGCUAACAACGUACCUUUCCAUCUAAGAAGACUGUUUUGUAUCUGUUAUUUAGAAAUGACAUGUUCAAAAGUUGCAAGUU